GGCCAAUGCUGGCUAUUUUCUCUCUCCUCUCUUUUGGGUUUACUAGGUCUCUUGCUUUCUCACUGGCCUUCAACUUUUCUUAAUCUGUUCCUCCUCUCUCUUUCUCUCCCUCCUUCUUCCCUCCCUUAUGCUAGGCAUCAGCUCGCUUCUUUAGGGUUUCAUCAGCAGGCUGCUGCUGGAGGCUGGAUUAAUCGGAGAUCAGGAAGAUGAGCCCUAAUUUAGUAGGACAAUUUGGAGACACCACCUUCACCAAGAUCUUCGUAGGGGGGCUGGCUUGGGAGACCAAAAGCGAGACAAUGAGGAAGUACUUCGAGCAGUUCGGGGAGAUCUUGGAGGCCGUGGUCAUCACCGACAAGGCCACCGGGAGAUCAAAGGGAUAUGGAUUUGUGACCUUCAAGGAGGCGGCAGCGGCAGUGAAGUCUUGCGUCGAUCCAGCUCCGGUGAUCGACGGUCGGAGGGCCAACUGCAAUCUCGCUUCGAUCGGCGCUAAGCGGUCUCAGCCUACGACACCUCGCCACGGGGGAAACAGGAGUUUUAGGGCGGUGAAACCUUUUCAUAAUGUUACAGGAUACCAGCAAGGUGUGGGUGGUGCUGGUGGUGCUGGUGCAGCUUUACCUCCAGCCAUUGCCAGCUGCUUCCCUCAUUAUGCCAUCCAACAAGGUGUCCCUUUUGGUCUCUACGGGUACGCUCCUUACUCUUUGGACUACAGCUACCCUACGAGCUAUUACAAUGUGUAUGAAGGAGCCACUGCACAGUAUCCGGCAUAUGGCUCGCCGGCGGCCUACUACCCCAAUUAUUUCCAGUUCGGGGGUGGCGGCGGCGCCACUGGCAGGACUGCUCCGGCAGCAGCAACUGCUCUGGCCAAUGGCGGACAAAUGGGCUACAACGUUUCAUACCCAACGGCAAUGCUCCAUUACCCGACGGCAGUGGCAUCGACCCCGGCGGGAAUAACUGCCUUCGGGCAGCAUUUCGGAGCCGGGCCAUUGCCCAUUGCUGCAACUUCUACUGCACAAUCUGGAGGCAUAACGACGACCCUGCCGCCGUCGCCCACCGGCUAUCCUUACCGCCUGGUUCCUGCUCACUUCUCUGCCUCAACGGCGCCACAGCAGCCCUUGGCUUAACCAUGAUUCACGUUGAUUCUUCCAAACUCCCCAAAUCAUGCACCAUAUUUUUUACAAGUCAUGCAUACCUCAAGUUUAGUCCCAUGGAAGGGGCCUAAACUAUCCGAAUUCUAGUGUUGAAUUUGGAGAAUCCUCAAGUUGCCUUCAGGCCCUCGGUUGGGCUUGAAGCAAUCUUCUCCCAUGGCGGAGAACACUAACUUUGCAUAUAUAAAUCAACUAAUUUUCCUUGCAUGCAUGGCCUUAAUUAAUUAAUAAUUUCAAGUGUUUAAACCAGUCCGAGGAGGACGCCUGCCACUAAGACGGGCAAAUUCAAGGAGAGAACAAGACAGUUCUUCUCUUGGAGAUCAACACCAAGAGCGAUAUCAGUGGGGUUUAGGAGGCUGUGAGAAAAGAAGAAUUAAUUGAAAACCUCAGUGACUCCUUCCUAACACCUUUAACUCGACCCAACAUUGGGUUUGAGAAAUUAACCAUUAGUUAAGGUAGAUGACACCGGUCACACUGAGCUUAUCCAGGAAUUGGUGUGAUCGAACAGGCAUUCAUGAGGUUGUGGUAGAACACCCCAUGCAAGCAAAGGCACAGGUUCAAGGAGCACUGCUGAUGUUUGUUUAUUCUCGGCAUGCUCUUGGCACUACCUCCUGGCCUCCAUCACUUACUGACUCCAUUAAUGAGCUCCACAGGGUCUGGAGCUCCAAACAUGAAGCUGAGGGUGGAUAUUUAUGAUCCCUUGGGUUCCACACUUUCAUCUCUCUCCCUCGUUCACUCACUGAUCUGCAUGCAUGCAUCACCAUGGUUUAGCUUCACAGCAUAUCUCUCUUCUCUUUUGUUGAGGACAUUUGGAGCUUUUAAUUUGUGUAUUGAAUAAGUACGCAAGACUUAUGGAUUGUAAUAAUACGAAGAGUACUUAACAUUCAUAUUCAUGCAUCAUGAGUUGUGUAAGGGAUAUUCAAGUCAUGCGCUGCCUUUGAUUUCUUUUUGUACUUUUAGGGUGUGGCCUUUGUUUAAAAUUUGGCUUUUAGUGUGUUCUUAAUUGUAAUUAUUCAAGUCAUCAUCGUAA